AUGGUCCUAACUAGAUCGAAACGAUCGAAGCAAGAAUUUUUCGAAGAAAUAAUGCCCUUGCCACAAUACGCCGAAGAUUAUUUCAACAGAGUGGAUCCUUUUGAAUGGAAACUGUCACAUUUUUUACGUUAUACGGAAAAAUCACGAUCAAAUAGCGUGUCAAGUGAUCAAGUAUUACAUGCUUUCAAAACAGGAUUGAAAGAUGUGGUGGAAAAAAUGUCCGGCGACGGGAAUAGACCUACAAUUUUUAGAACCAGAGUCGCGUUGGAAGAUGCUGACAUGACAAAGCCUCGAAACUUGGCUGGUGUGAAAUUAUUUAUUGCCAAAAAGCUCUUAGAAAAUAAGAGAACUAAGCCACCAGCUGUUAAAGACAAGGAAGCACAUAUCCAUCGCUAUAGCGACGUGGUGCUUCUGCUGGCAGGACCUGCACGUGGUUCAUGGGUUCCUUUCUUCUACAAUAGGUAUGAUGCCAAGGACGCCCGAUAUUUGAAGGCAGAGGAGUGUGCAUAUCCACUCUUUUUGUCCUAUACCGCAUACCAAUAUUAUUUCCACGAGUCUGAUGAGAUUGAAACUUAUUGGCAAACUGUACGAGCAAAGACAGCAAUCAAUAUCGCAAAAAGCCAUCACAAACUUCAGAAGGUUUCCCAAAAAACUGUAAACCUCCUAUGUGGAGAGGUGUUGCCCAGAAAGCGAGUGAGACUAGAUGAUGAGACAGUAGAUAAAGCCGAGGAGCAGGAGGCCGAAAAUUCCUCUGGCAACGAAUCUGAAAAUGGGGAUGAUUACCAGAAUGACGAGGCAUCCAAGGAUUGCUUAAGAGAUGUAAAAAGGAUGGAUAAUGAGGAUGAUGAACUGGAGGUGCAUGCUAAAGAGACCAUUCGGAACGAUGGAAAAAAAUGGAUCAUAUGUGGCACCGAUGUACGUGACGCAUUAUCAAAAUGGAAAAAAAAAACCAGACCGCGCACUGAUUUAGCAUUUUAUGACAUCGUAGAUGUUACGCCAGGGUCGAACAGUGAUUUUAUACGAUCACUUCCUAAAGAUGUAGUGCAUGAAAUAAGACAGUCAAAGUUAUUGCCGGCACCUGUUAUCGAUAAUGCGGACGGAAUGAAACAAUAUAUUAUUGAUUUUAUUAAGACGAAAAAUUUUCGUGAAUAUGUCGAUGAAAGUUAUGUGAAAACACGAAAGAACAAUAUUAUGAAAUUCAUAUGGGACUAUUUGAACCUCCUUGUGGAAUCAUUUGAAAGAGAUAAUGAUCUCGCCGACUAUAAUUUAUCUGAGCUAGGAUAUCGGGAAAUCUUCCUCACACCUCUAAUGCGCAGUCUCUUCCGUGGAAAGCAUCGGGAAAUGAGUAUUUUUUUCGGUGAAAAAUGUCUUUUCGCUUCAUCGGAAGAUCGAAAUCGGGAAAAAACCGAUGAGGAAUAUCGUAAUGCUGGUCGAAAAAUAGACAUCAUCUGGUCUAUGAAACCAACCGACUUUGAAUUUUCUAUAUGUGAAGUUAGUGGGCCACCAAACCAGCAUAAUCAUACGCACUUUUUUAAUGAUAAACUUAAGAUUGCCAAAAUGUUGAAGGUUAUCUUGAAUAGGAUCGUAAUAAAAUAUGGUGGUGCGGGCAUGAAUUUGAGUUCAUUAAAAUUGUAUGGCUUACAUGUUUAUUAUAAUGAAAUAAUGGUGUAUGAAAUGUCAGUACCAUUUCGUGGAUUAUACGUUUUUUGUGAAGUAUUACGAUCAAAACUCCCAACAAAUGAUGUUGAAGUGGGGUUAAUGUCACGAUCAGUACCAGUAUUGCUCGAAUUCAAGAAGUUACUUGAGAGGAGUUUAACUGGUCUUAAAGAUUAUAUUCAAGAUGCAUGUACUCGUACACCGGAUGACAAUGGAAACGCAGACCUAUUUAUUACAAGUACUGAUUUAACGCCCACAACAAAUAGAAAACAAUCGAAUGGAUGGUAG